UUAUCAAAUUCUGGCAAAUUUAUUAACAAAAUAUAAUUAUUAACAAUUUAAUAAUAUGGAGGCUUUAGAUAUCUUGGAAAAACGCAUAGACACAUUGUCCCGUAUUUUAGGCAAUGUGCCAGAACAAAAUGCUGUAUCCUCAAAUGCUAAUGAUGGUGAUUCAACAAAAGUGGCUGGCGAAAAUAUUGUAGACUCUUUGGUAUCGGCUAAUAACAUUUUGAAUGAAGCCAUCUCUGGGCGUGAACAAAUCAAAAAAAUUGUCGACAGAUCCAAUGAACUGGAAAAAUAUUUAGAUCCUCACUUCCUGGAAGAAAAUCAACAAGUGAGAGCUAAAGAGGUAUAUCUAAAUGCAGUGGGACAUGAAUUACACACACAAUUCCAACAAUUGGAUAAAAUCAAAGAACUCGAGCCCACAUUAGGUGCUGAAUAUUUUCGUAAUAUACCGGGUGAAUGUGUAGACAAGUUGAAGCAAGUUAGCCAGGAUAAUGGAGAAUUUGCACAGCAAGCUGAAUUGAUCGAAGAAAGUUUAAUAUUGGCCAUGAAACGUUAUGGAGAAAUACAAACAGGACUCUUGGAUUCACUCAACACUAUGAACAAACGUUUGGAGGCUGUAGAGGAGAAAAUGCAAUUGAAGAAAAAAGAAGAUAUGGAAAAGGAAAUUGAAGUUGAGGAACCGAAAGAGUAAUAUAGACCUAAUAAUGUAGUAUUUAACUCUAUAUAUUUAUAGAAAUAACACAAAUAUAAACACAAAAAUUUAAAAUAUUGUAAAA